GCUGCCUUGCCACCUCCCGUUUCCUCGCCGCAACCUCUGACAGCAGAGUACGUCGCCGCACUGAUGAACUCAGAGCAGCUUUUCGGGGAUCUGUGCACGAUCAACUUUCGCAAGUAUGACACCAACAAAGAUGGACGUCUUCAGAUGAAGGAGGCCACAAAGCUCUGCCAAGACUUACACUUGAGCAUGGGCAUGUUCCUUGACGACGAGGACAUCAAGGCGGCCGUUGAGCUCACAAAGGACUUCGCUGGAGGAGACAAAGACUCUCUUUCUGAGGAGGAAUUCGCGCGCUGGUUCCGGGAGCUUUUGAAGGAGAGCGUCACUGGCCGCAUUCAGAAAGUUGCGCGGACACCGCCAGCACUGCUGAGUGUCACAGUGAAGUCCAUGGCCGGAACUGAGAAGGUAGUCGAGGUUCCGCGCGACUCUGAUGUGUCAACCCUGGCAGAAGCCGCGGCUGCCGCAAUGGAUCUGCCCUAUGCGCAGACGAGGAUCUCAGUGAAUGGACAGGUCCUGCCAGACAGAACACUGUUGUCAAGCCUCGAGUUGGAGCUUUCUUCUGACCCUGAAGUGAUCGCGGUCGUGAUGAACAAGCUCAAGGUCCGACGACAUGUAUACAAAGCGCGGGGAGGCGCGCCGCCUCACCGUGGCUAUCACCUGGUGGCCACGGAUGAGAUCGAUCUGGCUCCGAACGCCAAGAUCUCAGAGCAAUUGGAAGUUCUGGUACCACCAGAUGGGAUUUCACGACGAACGCCAGAUAAUUACAAGCUGAAGGCUUUUCAGGCAUCUCCAAAUGAGCAAGCACCCCGGAAAUGGGAAGGCGGCAUGAACGAGGUAGAGCCCGACCUGAGCCUCACUGCCGAAGAACUCUUCGGGACUCUGCAAAACGUUGAUCUCGCGGUGAUGGUUCCAAUGGAGGGGUUUGACUGA